AUGGAUCUAUAUCUCAUCGUCCUCCUCGUAUCAACGUUAGUGGUCGGUCUCUGUCUCAAGCAGCGUAACAAGAAGCCCAGGAGCAACGAAGCAGUCGGCAGAAGCGCAGAAAAGUCAGCCAACGAUGGCAAGAUCACGCCUCCACCUUCUAUCACGCCUUUGCCAGCAUUCGACUAUACGACAGUCAGACCAGCUCGGUUCCGUCCUUACAAGCCAGCCUAUCACAUUACCAUGGCGCUGCAGUCCUCCUUGCCCGAAGACCUUAUCGUCCUCGACAGCAACUAUCGAGCGCGCAUCGAGACACGGCGCAGACUGAUGGAGAGCAACCCAAACAUAGUCAUGGGCACCAUCGGCACACCGGGAGCCAAGGCGGCAGUGGAUGAGCUAUAUGCCUACUUGAUGGACUAUCUGCCUGCACGAUACUCCUCGAUCUUUACGAGAGCGGCUUCCACAGCGUCGCUACACAACGCCGCCACUGGACAAGAUAUUCCGCGCAGUCCACCUACCAACCCACUGGACGCCCUGCGGACCCUUGGCGAAACGGUCGAAGACGACUUGUUUUUGUUGCAAGAGGAAGGCAUCCAAACACCAGCCGGCGAUGGUGGGUCGGCUUACCCUGAAACAAGCCACCGCCUGGUGGCCUUCCUCUGUUGCUUCCCGUCUGGGUUCGACCCGUCGGCAAAGCUCGGAUUGCUUCUCAGGGACAUCCACAAGCCGGUUCCGUCCUACGAUAAGAUUGGGCCGAGCAUGGAGCGCUUCUUCAAGCGGCUCGCCGUUGGCCAGAGCGUGAGACGACUUAAUUGGUCUGUCCAAACACACGCGAACUUGUUCGUGCCCAAUGGAAAUCAUGUUCACAAAGGCGACGAUGCCGAAAACGACACCGAUGUUGACAUUGCUCAAACGCACCUUCGGGUCGAGUGCCAAACUCUGACACGCCUUCCCGCCACAAAAUCAAUCCUCUUCUCCUUCAAGACGCAUCUUUUCCCACUGCAAGAUCUCAAGAGUGAAUGUGUGGGUCCCGACCUGGCCGAUGCGAUUGAGGGACUCAAAAAAGGAAAUGCUCCCGGCAUGUGGACAUACAAAGGUGGCGUGCGCUGGGGCAAGGCCGUGUGUGAGUACCUGCGCUCGUAA